AUGGCCUCACAAACCUCGACAGCCCCUGCAUUGCAGAUCCUGGAUCCAAAUGACGGCCACAGCUUCGCAGUACCUGCGAAACGCAUCCACGAUGGCGAUGACGUCGCCUUCUUCUUGGCGAGCAAAGCCUAUGCAGACAUUAUGACAUUCAUCUUCCAGCUCAACACAGCAAUGCUGCCGCGGAGGAUCAAGCUUGAGGAGGACACCAAAGAAUCUGCCCAGGGAUGGAGGCUUAACGAUCCCCACGUCCCUCUUCCGCACAUUACCCAGAACCUUGCCAAGCUUCUCGAAACAUUGACGGCAAUCAUCGACGAAGCGCCGCCAGAUCCAGGGCCGCGUCGGUUUGGAAACGCCAGCUUUAGAGUCUGGUAUGACUUGGUGCGAGAGCGCGUAUCGGGGCUGUUGGAUCAGUAUCUACCCAAAUAUGUGCUAGCUUUCGAAUCAACAUCCGAUAUCUCCGUUAAGGAAGAGCUUGAAGCGUACCUUGUUGGCAGUUUUGGUAGCUCCCAGCGCCUGGACUACGGAACGGGCCACGAACUCAGCUUCCUCGCCUUUCUAGGUUGUCUAUGGAAGCUCGGCGCCUUCCCGGAAUCCAUUGACGGCGAUCAAGAGCGUGGCAUAGUUCUAGGCGUCAUUGAGCCAUAUCUCGUUUUAAUCCGCCGCUUGAUACUUACAUACACACUCGAACCUGCCGGCUCACAUGGGGUAUGGGGCUUGGACGACCAUUCUUUCUUACCUUACAUAUUCGGUAGCGCGCAGUUCUCACCGGCCAUUACUAAUCCAGGAGAUGUUGCGGCAGAGGGCUCGAUACCAAAUGCCCCGAGCCCAGCAGACAUUACCAAAGGCAACGCUGUGGAGCGGGAACGAAAAACAAACAUGUACUUCAGCGCCAUCGGCUUCAUCUACGACGUCAAGAAGGGUCCAUUCUGGGAGCAUAGUCCGAUUUUAUUCGACAUCUCAGGCGUGAAGGCGGGCUGGGCAAAGAUCAACAAGGGCAUGAUAAAAAUGUACAACGUAGAAGUCCUCUCCAAAUUCCCCGUAGUCCAACACUUCCCCUUCGGCUCUCUCUUCGCCUGGGAAAAGGACCCAAAAGCAAAACUCAUCCAAGCUAGCGUGCACACCGCUAGCCAACCCAAGUCCUCAACCCCCUCUUCCACAGCACCAACAGCUAGACCCCAACCUCCAACCGCGAAAUCUCAACCUGCGCUUCGAGACCCACUAGCCGAUACGACUGCUCGGGGUGCACAGGGCGGUAUGCCAGUAUCGACAGCAGCGCCCUGGGCAAAGACGGGCCGUGCUGCUGCUCAGGUACCAAGCGGGGCGAAUCAAUCUAUGCGCGCACCUUGGGCAGCAGCUUCGUCGUCGCCUGCUGUUCCAAGUGGUCCGAAUCAGCCUACGAAAGCUCCUUGGAUGUCGAGUACACCGGCCCCGCCACCGCCUGGGGGAGGUACAAGGGCACCAUGGGCGAAGGGAAGUGGUGGGGGGAACCCAGCCGCUGCAGCGGAAACUGAACCGGUCAUCAAGCGCGAGUAA